AUGGCGGAUGAGACAACUCAUUCAAUAAUGGUACAACACAAUGGAAGAUGGGACGCAUCAGGUAGAUACAUAAAUUUUGAAGUUGAAGGAAUAUUAUACGAUUCCAAAUCAAAGUUUAGUGGUUUGGUCACUGUAAUUGCUGCUCAACUAGGAAUAGAUACAACAAUUCAAGGAUUGGAGAUUAAAUACAUUGUUAGUGACAAAUGCCCGCCAAUGACCAUACACAACAAUAUGGGUGUCCAUGUAUAUUUAGAUCAAAAAAAGGAAAACAAAAACUUCUUCAGUAAGUAUCCUUUAUGUAUUACAUUGAGGGAUAUAGCUUUGGAUUUAAUUGAAAUCCAAGACGAAGGAGGCAGCAGUUCAAAUUCUAUAAAAUCCGUACCUUCACACAAUGGAAUAACUGAUCAAUUGAAUGCCAUAGUUCCCAGUGUUGAUUUUAAGGCUGUGGAAUGUCAACGAAAUGGAAUUAUAAGCGACAAUCGAUAUGAAUUUGUUGCUGAAAAACAAAUUUAUAAGGACAAGGAAACAAUUGUUGCGGUUAUGAAGAACUACGCCUUUUCGAAACAAUUCCAAUUUCGAGUUAGAAGAUCUAGUUCUAAAAGCUAUUGUCUUGAGUGCCCUGCGGACGAAUGCUCUUGGAGUUUUAAAUCGUCAAGUUUGAAUGAUUCAGGGCUUUUCAAAAUUAGAUCAUUUUGUGAACAACAUUCAUGCUCAUUAAAAGAUAGGAUUUAUUCAAGACGUCAAGCAACUACAGCGGUUGUUGGAAUUAUGAUAAUGGAUAAGUAUGAAGAUCCAAAAAGAGUAUACACACCAAAGGAUAUAGCAUCAGAUAUGAGAAAACAGCAUGGUUUAACAAUGACUUACAUGCAAGCUUAUAGAGCCAAGGAAAAGGCAUUAAACAUGUUGCGAGGGGAUCCAACAGAGUCAUACAAUAAGUUACCGAGCUACUUUUUCAUCCUGGAAAAGACAUAUCCGGGCUCAGUUGUUAGUUUGGAAAAAACAGCAGAAGACCGUUUCUUGUAUGCAUUUGUAGCAUUGGAACCUUGUAUUAGAGGAUGGGAGUAUUGUAGGCCUAUAGUAGUUGUUGACGGCACCCAUCUAAAAUCAACUUAUGAAGGAACUAUGCUAAUAGCAAGCACACUAGAUCCUGGAGGUAGUAUACUGCCAUUAGCAUAUGCAAUUGUUGAUUCAGAGAAUAAUGCAUCUUGGACAUGGUUCUUUGAGAGAUUUAGGAUAGCUUUUGGUGAAAGGGAGAAUAUGGGAAAUAAAGAACAGGUCAGGAAACUAUACUUUGCAUUAGCUAAGGCAUACACUCUUCAAGAAUUUAGUGAACUCAUGGGAAGGCUGGACACAAUAGAUAAGAAGUUGGGUGUAUACUUAUUUGAUAGUGGGUAUCACAAAUGGUCUCGGGUACAUGCAACAGUGAAGAGAACAUGGACGUUGACUUCAAACAUUGCUGAAUCUAUAAACAACAGCAUUGCCAAAGCUAGAGAAUUUCCAGUCUGUAAGUUAAUGGAUUACAUGAGACAAUUGAUUGAAACUUGGAAUGAAAAACACAGUGAAGAAGGGAGAAAUACAUUCACUGAUCUUACUAAUGAGUACAAUAAAGCUUAUGAGGAUAACAAGGAAUUAUCACACCGUAUGACUGUAAGGGCUUCCACUGAAUUCCUACUUACAGUGACAGAUGGUAUGAAGAUAUUUAGUGUGUGUCUUCGAAGUAAGAUUUGUAGUUGUGGAAGGUUUCAACUUGAUGAGAUACCAUGUGGACAUGCUUUGGCUGCUAUAAUGUACAGGCACCAACAUGGAGAGGACUACUGCUCUGCCUACUACAGCAAUAAAAAUUUCAAAGAUACAUAUGCCAUACCAGUGGAACCUCUUCCAUGCGAGAGUACAUGGGAGAUACCAUUUGAUGUGUUAGAACAAAUUGUUUUACCACCGGAUUCUAAAAGACCUCCAGGGAGACCAUCGUUGAAGAGAAUGAAACCAUUUUACGAGAUGAAAUUUAAGAGGGCAAAGAUGACAUGUAGCAAGUGUGGCAUAGAGGGGCACAACAAGAAGACAUGUAGCAAUUUGCCCAAAUGA